CUUCCCUGUGCGUUGUUGGCCCGUGUGGUUGUCGAGCUCCGAGUGUGGGGUGACCCGGACACUGCCAGCCAUGGACUUUGUGGUGGUGUCCGGCUUCUUGGGGCUCACGGUCACCGUCAUCCUGAUAACGACGGUAAUGAGCGUGUUCCACCCGGUCUACAGCCCUGCCUUCGUCCUGGUGCUUUGCGCGAUGUUCCACGUCUUCAGGUACCAGCCGGUACCCUCGGAGAUCGCCCAGAAGGUGUUACGCCCCAACGGUAGCUAUUCCGUGAUUGCUCAUCGCGGCGCGGGCUUUGAUGCUCCCGAAAACACACUAGCUGCCAUCAGAAAGGCUGCUGAAAAUAAUGCUACUGGUGUGGAGUUGGAUAUCGAGUUCACUUCAGAUGGUAUCCCUAUUCUGAUGCACGAUCGUACUGUGGACCGCACAACUGAUGGUACCGGUUCUCUUGAUCACUUAACUUUUGAAGAGGUCCGGAAACUUAACCCAGCAGCCAAGCACAGACUGCACGAAAAGUUUCCAGGUGAGAAAAUCCCAACACUGAAGGAAGCUAUCUUAGAGAUUCUCAAAACCAAUAUGACAAUUUUCUUUGAUGUCAAAGGCCACGCAGUUCAGGCUUCUGUUACCUUGAAAGAGCUGUACAAAGAAUUCCCUGAACUGUACAACAGGAGCAUUGUGUGUUCAUUUGAACCUUUGGUUAUUUUCAAGAUGAGGCAGGCUGACCAGAAAGUGGUGACUGCUCUCACUCAUAGACCCUGGAGUCUGAGUUACCGUGGGAAUGGGAAACCAAAAUUUGAUGGCUACAAGCAAUACCUAUACAUGAUGCUGGAUAUUAUUUUGGACUGGUCCCACCAUGCUUUUUUGUGGAAAUUGCUAGGUGUUUCGGCCUUUUUAAUGCAGAAAAAUUUUGUAUCAAUGGACUACAUGCGGUUUUGGGCCGAAAGAGGGGUUGAAGUGAUUGCUUGGACUGUAAAUUAUACAGAUGAAAAACGUUACUUUGAGCAUAUCCUCCAAUGUAUCUACAUUACUGACAGCCUUACUGAACAUAGUUCACCUCCAUGAGACUGUGAUAUAGAUUUAAUGGCCUAAAUGUACCAUGGUGUUCUGUAUUAAACAGGUUUAUUAGCCCCUUUAUUUGUAUCUUGAUAGUGAGAAGGCUUAUUGAAGUUUGUGUUUUGACUGAAGUUCCUUAAUAAUGUGUCAAUUAUGCAGUUAAAUGAAAAGUGCAACAAUUCACAAUUUGUAUAUCUGUCACAAUUCCUUUUGAUUGUAUAAGGGAAUGUAAUAAACAUUUGAUGUAAAUUAUAUGGUUAUGGGGAAGAAAAAGACAAACAGAAGUGACUAUUAUUUUGCAAAGAAUUGGCAUUCCUUUCAUGGGUCAACCAAACGCCUUCUCAGUCAAAAUGAUUCUGAUUUCAAUGCACAUAAACUUUGUGGGGAAUGCAUUUUGGACAGCUGAUAGUAUGUGAUUAUUUUAAAAACAUGUCCUUUGUAAUGCUGCAAAUGAUAAGUUAUUAUAAACUAAAUUGACAGAAAUUGAAGUUUUUUUUUACUAGGCUCUUUUCAUUGUUGGAACUCUGCCCAAAUUUGACUUCCUGCAUUCUUCUUUAAGAAUUACAGUAUAUUUUCAGACACUCUCCUGUGAUUUGGCUGUUUAAGGUAAACAUUUCUAAUUGACAGUGGAUCCUCAUGGUACUUCUGGUUUUUCAACUUUUUGCAAUGUCAAAGAGUUUUGGGCUUUGUAACUAAAUUCAUUUUUUUUUGCUACUGAAUUAAUGGGUUUCAAAGUGAUUUCAUCACUACUUUCUGUGGGGGGG